AUGGCGACCUUGACUCUAGCUCUGAACUGGUCAAUGGCAGCAGCAGCAACAGCCAGAGCGCCAUCCCUCGCUAUCGACAUCGACAGCCUCAGUGCUGCUUCUACCAAAGCAAACGUGGCUGUGGACAUGUUUCUCGACGCCAAUGCCCAGAAAGCCAAACUCAGCACUGCCGCCGCCUACGAAACAAUGAUAUGGAUUGGGACCGUUGGAGGGGUACAGCCAUUCCAUUCCCAGAAUACGUCUGACCCGCCCACCUUUGACCUGAGCGGGACAACCUUCUCCCUCUUCAUGGGCCCCAACCAAUCCAACCAGACUGUAUUCACCUGGCUCGCCUCCUCCAACCUCACCUCCCUCGCCCCCGGCCACGAUUUCUCCCCCCUCCUGCGCUACCUGUACCAGCACGAUCUCCUCCCCGCCUCAACAUACCUCGGCACCUAUCAAGUCGGCACAGAAACGUAUCACGCGACGAAAAAGGUGGUCUUCGCGGCCGAGGCGAUACAGAUGGGGGUUGGAAGGAAGGGCGGGACAAGUGCACCUGCGCCUGUAGGGGGUAGCGAACAGAAGAAGAGUGAUGGAGUACACGUGAUCGGACAAGCUCGGUGGGGCGCAAUAGCACUCGUUGGUUGUGUGUUGGGCUUGCUAGUCUUGUGA